CACUGCUUUUUGAGUCAGCUGCUUAUAGUUUUGCGAUUUCAUUGCAAUUAUAAUUUGCCAAGCUAUUUAAACAGAAAUACUGUGCGGACCAUGCCGAACGAAAAUGCGGACGACCAGGCCGGCCAGGAGCUAAAGCAGAAGGUCAAGGAGGUGGCUGUCGCCUCGGAGGAAAUGCUCGAGAAGGUUGUUGCCGGCUUAAAGAUCCAGGAUACGGGAACGUCGAAUAUAGCCGGAAAUGAGGAUUCGGAGCAGGCGGAUGGAGCCAAGAAUGCGGCUUCAGUGUCCGCGGAUGCAAGCAAGCAGGCCUUGCUACAGGCCGUAUCCGAUGCGAUGGCCAGCACCCGCCAGAUGGCCAAGAAGUUUGCCUUCUGGUCCACACAGCCGGUCACAAAGCUGGACGAGCAGGUGACCACCAACGAGUGCAUCGAACCGAACAAGGAGGUCAGUGAGAUCCGGGCGGAGCCAUACACUCUGCCCGGUGGCUUCAAGUGGGUGACUCUUGACCUGACCGAUGCCAACGACCUCAAGGAGCUGUACACGCUCCUUAAUGAGAACUACGUGGAGGACGAUGAUGCCAUGUUUCGGUUCGACUACCAGCCGGAAUUCCUCAAGUGGUCGCUCCAGCCCCCGGGUUGGAAACGUGACUGGCAUGUGGGCGUGCGGGUGGAGAAGUCCGGCAAACUGGUGGGCUUCAUUUCGGCUAUUCCCAGCAAGCUGAAGUCUUCCGACAAGGUGCUUAAGGUAGUAGACAUCAACUUCUUGUGCGUUCACAAGAAGUUGCGCAGCAAGCGGGUGGCUCCAGUGCUGAUCCGUGAAAUCACACGUCGCGUCAAUUUGACGGGGAUAUUUCAGGCGGCCUACACGGCUGGUGUGGUGCUGCCCACGCCGGUGGCCACCUGUCGCUAUUGGCACCGCUCCCUCAAUCCCAAAAAGUUGGUGGACGUGCGUUUCUCGCAUCUGGCCCGCAACAUGACCAUGCAGCGCACCAUGAAGCUGUACAAACUGCCUGAUCAGCCCAAGACAAAGGGCUAUCGCCGGAUCACGGCCAAGGACAUGGACAAGGCCCACAAGUUGUUGGAGGACUAUUUGAAGAGGUUUAAGCUGAGCCCGGUUUUUAGCAAGGAAGAGUUCCGCCAUUGGUUUACCCCCAAGGAAGGCAUCAUUGACUGCUUCGUGGUGGCCGACGAGAAGGGCAACAUCACUGAUCUGACCAGCUACUACUGCCUGCCCUCGUCGGUGAUGCACCAUCCGGUGCACAAGACCGUGCGCGCCGCCUAUUCCUUUUACAAUGUGUCCACGAAGACGCCCUGGCUGGACCUGAUGAACGAUGCACUGAUCUCAGCCCGCAAUGUCCAGAUGGACGUGUAUAAUGCCCUCGAUCUAAUGGAGAACAAGAAGUACUUUGCGCCGCUGAAGUUCGGUGCCGGGGAUGGCAACCUGCAGUACUACCUGUACAACUGGCGCUGUCCAUCGAUGCAGCCGGAGGAGAUUGCCCUGAUACUCAUGUAGUCACCUCAACGCCUAUGUUUACAUUCUCGCCCUGCCUUUCGCCGCUCUCCCCCCUCCGCUUUGUCCACCCCGCUGGAAGUCCUGUGCGGCUGCUUUGCUUGGCUCCUAUCCAUAUCCAUGUAGCUAUUACCUUUAUCUUCAGUUAUUCCAGCGAGGGAAACCCAUUGCGAGUCACUUACCCAGCAUUAUUGUGAGAACUGCAUUUUGCAACGGCCAAGCUUGGAUAUUUUUUACUACAGAAAACAAAACGAACACAAACUGAAUAAAAUGCGCAGCAAUAUCUAUAGAA